AUGAUCCUGAUAGCAGUGGCUAUCAUUCUAUUAUCCCUCCUAUUAGCAGGCUGCUCAUCCUCCAGUCCGCUGAUACCCGACAUAUUCCUACUAUCGCUCUACUACCAGCACUACACGGCCGUACCGGACACGGCGCAGGUCGACUACAAUGUGAACCAGGCCAUCUCCAACAUCGUUGGCGGUGCGCACCUGCAGGCCCGCGUGGGCUACUUUGGCAUCUGCGUCAACCCGGACGGCGGGAGCUGGCUAUGUAGUAAUAAUGCUACUGCCCUGGCCAACGAAGUCAGCGUCGACCAGGACCCCCUGAACCUGAUCUGGCUAGCGAGCCAGUUCAAGGACAUGAUUGUGUUCCCGUAUCUAAUCAUCAUCGCAAUCAUCUUCGCCUUCAUCUGCUUCCUGCUGCUCGCCACCUUCCCGGGCUGGCACGAGGAGGAGGACAGCGAGGGCUCCGACCGCGAGGUGAAGCCGUUCCCCUCGCGGCCCGUGUCGCAGGUGGCGCUGGCCAUCAUCUUCAUCGCGUCCAUCUUCGUGCUGGUGUCGGUGCUGUGGCAGCACACGGCGUCGGUGGCGGCCAGCAUCAUCGCGCAGGACUUUGGCAACGGCAGCGUCAAGAGCGGCGUGGGCACCAGCGCCAUGGUCAUGGGCUGGUUCAGCUUCACCCUGCUCAUCAUCGUCACCAUCGGCCUGCUCGUCAUGAUCCUCAGCAUCCGCGUGCUGAGCCAGCUUGCGGACUAA